UAACACUCCCUUCCACUUCCUAUAUAUAUAUAUAUAUAUCUCAUGACAAAACUUGACCACUCUCCAACUCUUCACCUAAACAUGCCUCAACUUGAUUUCGAAUCGCUACCUUCCAUAUGCACUGAUCGAAAGAUCGCGUGUGAUCCCGAUACUCUCGAUUAUCCCCCUGAAUCAUUCUGGCUAUCUAAAGACGCUGAAUUCGACUGGUUUGAUCGUAAUGCAUUCUUAGAUCGAAACGAAUCCAUCAAAGGAAACUCAAAUUCAAUAAAUCUGAACUCCAACACAAAAAACAUACAUUUUUUGAAACCGAAAGGUAAUAAUAUUAAUAUAUUAUUACCAAAUGCGCAAAAGACACGUAGAAAUUGUAGGCUUGCGAAUAUAUUGUUGUUUCCUAAGAGAUUAAAUUCUUUAUCUAAAGAGACCACCUCGAUGGCAGAACCCAUGUCACCGAAAGUGUCGUGUCUUGGUAGAGUUAGAUCAAAAGGGUGUACUCGUGGUCAAACGAGUACACCACAAAAUGAAAAAGAAACACCUGACAGUCAACACCAUGACAAAACCGGGUUUGUAUGGUGUGUAAAGUGGUUAUUUGGAUCUAAUUGUUACAAUCCUAGAAAAUCUAAGAAAUUGACGGUGGAAGUUAAUCAAGUAUCGGAAUAUUCAGCUCCAAGAAGACCGGCGAUUGAUUCGGCGUAGACUUUGUCUACUGAGACCGAGAUGUUGACUAAUUAAUAAUGGCUGGCCCCGAAUAUCUAUAUAUAGCAUAUGUCACGUUCUAAGAAAUCAAUUUGUCCAAACUGUAAAAAGGUAAAACUUUCGGGAUUUACUGUUUUUUUCUUGUUAAAGAUUUUUUUUGUUCAUAUUAUUUUACUGAUGACAAUGAUAGUUUCAUAGAUUAUUAUUAUUAGUAA